AUGAUAACAACUUCAUUACCAUCAUCUUAUUAUAACAAUUAUCCUCAUAUAUCACCAUUUUCAAUGAAUCAAAAUUUACAACAACUGCAACAAAAUCAAAAUCAAAACUUACAAGUAAACCCACAAGGACAACAAUUCAACCUACAAGAACAACAACAACACCCACAAAAUCAGCAUUCAAUAUCUUCAUUAUCAAAAUAUUCAUUGAACCAAAAUUCACCAAAUCAAAGUUCAACAAAUUCAGAAAUUAAUGCAAGUCCUUAUUCUUCACCAUCAUCUAAUUCUACUACUACAAAUACACAAAAUUACACUUUACCACAUUCUUCAGUUACUUUACCUUCAAUUCAUUCAUUAGAUAUACCAUCAUUUCCUCAUACUGAAGAAUCUCUUCAACAACAACAACAACAAAAUCUUACAAAUUCACAUUCAAAUAACAAUAGUAACAGAUCUUCAAUUCAUUCGCCACCUUUAUUGAUCCCAAAAUCCUCUUCAUUUUCAGAUGAACCAGUUUUAGAUUUAAAUCAUUCAAAUCAUCAUACUCAUCAUCCACAACCUUUUAAUUAUACUCAUACAAUAAACUUAACAAACAACGUCAACAAUAAUCCAAAUAAUCAAGUUUUUAGAUAUUCAAAUUCUCCUCCAAUUUUAAUGAAAUCUCCUACUCAAUCUCAACAAUCAAGUAAUUUUACAGUUGGUUCUUAUAAAUCAAAUUCUUCAUCUCCUUCUACUACUAUUGAUCAACAACACGACAUUAAACAACUUCAACCCCAACAAGAACCACAACAAUUACAAGAUCAAACACAACAACAGCAAACUGAAACCUUAUCACCAGAAGAAACUCAAUCAACAACUGAAGAUUCUUCACAAAUUAAAAAAAAUUGGAAACCACGUAAAAAAAGACAAUGUCCAGAAUGUAAAUUAUAUUUUUCAAAUUUAGCAACUCAUAAAUCAACUCAUUUAAAACCAACAAAUAGACCUCAUAUAUGUGAAUUUUGUCAAAGAGGUUUUGCAAGACCAAAUGAUUUAUUUCGUCAUGUUAAAUGUCAUUGGAAAGAAAUUGGUUCUGAUAAAGGACAAUUUAAAUGUCCUUUUAAGAGUAUGACCCCAUCUGGUACAUCUAAUGUUAAUGAAAACAAUAAGCAAACAACAGAAGAUGGGAAAAUAAUAAGUAUACCAGAUCAUUGUUGUCAUAAUACAGGAAUUUUUUCAAGAUGUGAUACUUUUAAAAAUCAUUUAAAAGCAAUACAUUUUCAAUAUCCAAAUGGUACAAAAAAGGAUCAAAGAAAUAAAGUUAAUGGAAAAUGUAGAAUGUGUUUAAAAAAUUUUAAUCAUGUUGAUGAUUGGAUUCAUAAUCAUAUUGAAACUAAUGAUUGUCCUCAUGCUUUAAAUAUUAUUAAAAAAGUUUAA